CACGGCCGGAGUGGAGGUGGAGUCUGAAGGUGGGGAGGGAGAAGAAAGGGGAGAGAGGAGGAAAAGGGGAAAGGCAGAUACUACAGAACCGGGGGGAGGACGGCGGAUGAUUUACGCUUUAAAAAGUUGCAGCACGACAAUUUUGAGAGUCGCGGCGAAGAGGAAUAAAACACGAUGAUAACGCCGUACUUCCUGGAGAGUUUCUGGGGAGAAAAAAACAAUGGCUUCGACGUGCUCUACCACAACAUGAAGCAUGGCCAAAUAUCGUCCAAGGAGCUGACGGACUUCAUCAGAGAAAGGAGUACUAUUGAAGAGGCCUAUGCCAGGUCUAUGACCAAACUUGCCAAAUCAGCGGGCAACUUUUCCCAGCUUGGCACUUUCGCUCCAGUGUGGGAUGUGUUCAAGAGCUCGACAGAGAAGCUGGCCAGCUGUCACUUGGAGCUGGUGAGGAAACUGCAGGAACUUAUUAAAGAGGUGCAGAAGUAUGUGGAGGAGCAGGCCAAAGCACACAAGAAGACAAAAGAGGAAGUGGCGUCCACCCUGGAGGCCGUGCAGAACAUCCAGACCACCUCUCAGGCUCUGCAGAAAUCCAAGGAGAUCUACAACGCCAAAACUGUGGAGCAGGAGCGCCUCCGCAAAGAGGGGGCCACCCAGAGAGAUGUGGACAAGGCUGGAGUGAAAGCCAAAAAAGCCACAGAGACCUACAAGUCGUACGUGGAGAAAUAUGCCACGGCCAAGUCCGAGUUUGAACAGAAGAUGGCAGAAACUGCACAGAAAUUCCAAGACAUUGAAGAAAACCACAUCCUGCACAUGAAGGAGAUCAUCCAGUCGUACUCGCAGUCUGUCGAAGAAACACACUCUCAAAUCGGAGAGGUCCACACUGAGUUUGUGAGGAACAUCGAGAACACCUCAGUGGAGAGCUUAAUACAGAAACUGGCCGAGAGCAAAGGAACGGGGAAGGAGAGGCCAGGGCCCAUUGAGUUUGAGGAGUGCAACGCAGCGAUCGCCACUGAAGGUGCUAAACCCAGAAGAAGAAAACCAUUUGGUAUCCCAGGCCGCAGGAAAGACAAGGACACAGACUCAACGGAGUCGACAGAAGUUGAAGCUGCUAACACUGCCAACGGUGCUCCCCCCGGAUACUACGGCUCCAUAGACAUCCAGAACGCUAACGCCCCGCAGGUGGAUGCAGAGGGCUUCUGCAUCAGACCGGAGCUCAAUGAAAACGAUGCCAAAGAGAAUUCCUUCUAUUCGUCCAGCGACUCAGAGGACGAAGACGAGCCCAGGAAGUUCCACGUGGAGAUCAAACCCGUGCAGCCCAACAACGGCACGCAUCAAAACCGAGCCACCAUCGACGAGCUGAAAGCCUCCAUCGGAAACAUCAUCCUGUCGCCUUCUACCUCGGGUCAGAUGCGGAGGAAUCAGUCCAGGUUCACAAGAGUGUCCACAUUAAGCUCUAAGGCUAAGGGUCCUGGCGAUGAGCUAGCAAAGCCCAGAGUGCCAACAUCAUACGAUCUGGCCAACAACGACCUUCUCUCUCUGGAUCCGUUCAGUCCGACUCUGGCAGGAAACUCCUCUCUCUCCGCGUCCUCAUCAGCAGACCUCGCUUCUCUCUUCCUUUCAAUCCCUUCUUCUCCAUCUUUACUGAUGGAUGACGUCUUUCUGCCGGAGGCCGCAGCUGAGACGGCGCCCCAACCCGAGCGCUCCCCGCCCCUCGCAGAGAGCCUUGCAGAACAGUCCAAAGAAGUCUCCUAUUUCUCCUCGUCCACGUCCUCUCCCUGGGACUCGCCAGAAAACCCUUUCCAAGCACUCAAGCCCGUACCAGCGAGGGCCCAGAGCGCCCCCAUCACCCUGCCCACCGAGCAAGUCGACCCCAUCAACAGCCCGGCGCCCUCCAGCCCUCCAAAGAGCGUGGACGCCUUCUCCUCGGUGUCCUGGUCCCAGUGCCAGUGGAUCGCCUUCAGUGAUAACGUCACUCCUCCUCGCCGUCAGAGUUCGGGGGCGUCUGUGAAGGAGCUCCAGAGGCUGCAGUCCGGCUCGGGCAGGUCGACUCGCCUCCUCUCCGACGACUCUGCCGAGGCGUGCGGCGGAGCUUCAGGCGGCAGAGAGGACGGAAACCCCGGCAUCUCGGAUGUCUUCUCCGGGGUCACGGAUAGGGCGAUGGCGGCUGCUUCUCCAUCGUCCAAAAUCUUCAAUGUGCCACUUCCAAACCGGCCUACGACUCCGUUGACAGCUGGAGCCCUGGUGCCCCCACCUCGACCCUCGUCCAGGCCCAAACUUUCCAGCGGGAAGCUCACAGGAAUCAAUGAAAUUGUACGACCAUUCAGCCCACCCAAGACCUCGAACGCCAGCCCUCCUCCUAACUCUGCCCCUCUCGCCCGGGCAGAGAGCUCCUCCUCCUUGUCCUCGAACGCCUCGCUCAGCGCUGCAAACACGCCCACUGUUGGAGCUGAGCACACCUCUGCCCUCUCCCUCUCCUCCCCCGAGCCAGAGCUGCUCUCCCUCUCUCCUUUUUUCCUACUAAGCCAAAAGGACGAUGUGUUCAUAGCGAAGCUGCCUACCUUUGAGAAGCGAUGUGAGACACCUGCAGGGACAUCUCGCGGUCCCAGCCCUGUGACCCUGGCAUCCCAAGAUGCUUUGCCCAUUGCCGUGGCCUUCACAGAAUCGGUUAAUGCUUACUUCAAAGGAGCUGAUCCCACUAAGUGCAUUGUGAAGAUCACCGGAGACAUGACCUUGUCGUUCCCAAUGGGCAUCAUCAAGGUGUUCACCACCAACCCCUCCCCCGCCGUGCUCACCUUCAAGCUGAAGAACACCAGCCGACUGGAGCAGAUCCUGCCCAACCAGCAGCUUCUCUUCAGCGAUCCUUCCCAAAGUGACUCGAACUCCAAGGACUUCUGGUUCAACAUGCAAGCACUGACGUCCUACCUCAGGAAAGCCGCCGAUCAGAGUCCUUCAGCUUCCUACUAUAACGUGGACAUCCUCAAAUAUCAGGUGCAGUCUGAUGGGAUUCAUUCCACCCCUCUCAACCUGGCCAUUUACUGGAAGUGCACGCCGAGUACGUCGGACCUGCGGGUGGAUUACCGAUACAACCCCGAGUCCAUGGCCUCACCGGGUCCGCUCACCAACAUCCAGGUCUUAGUGCCUGUUGAUGGAGGAGUCACCAGCAUGCAGUCUCUGCCCAACUCCCUCUGGAAUGCAGAGCAGAACAAGUGUCUGUGGAAGCUGAGCGACAUCUCAGAAAAGUCAGAAAAUGAAGGCGCAGGUUCCCUGAGGGCAAAGUUUGAGCUGUCGAACGGCCCGUCGAACCCCUCCACCCUGGCGGUGCAGUUUAUGAAUGAGGGGAGCACCCUGUCAGGAGUGGACAUGGAUCUGCUGGGGACGGGGUACAGACUGUCUCUCAACAAGAAGAGAUUUGCAACAGGACGUUAUAUGGCAGAUUCCUAAAUUGACCCGUCACUCUGGUUUCUCAACAAAAGAAAAAAAAAUCAUGCUUGACACAACUUUUGCGAGGCUACCCAAGAACUCCGGAUCCAUCCGAGCACAGUUGUGCAUUUCGCCCCAGCAAGCGAGAAUCUCACUACAAUAAAGCAGCACUGAGUAUUGAACACUGUUUAAAUAAAAGAAAAAAGAAAAGAAAACUUAAGACGAGCUUUCAGGAAAUGUGUAGAUAUGGAGUCUAAGAAUGCUUUCUGAUCAAUUCACUUCUGUAUAGUCUGAAAAACAAUUUAUGGAUUAGAUAUAAAUCUAUAUUGUAUUUGAAAUCAUGAAAAAAAAAAAAAAAGAAAAAAAUGCACUAACAAUCUUUCCGAUGCUUCUUCUUGCUCCUCUUUGUAUCCAUCUUUCAAGAGCCUUUCAGGAAUAUAAAACAAAAUCCACGUCUGCACGGAGGAGAAGAAAAGGUUUCCUCUCUCUCUCCGAUCUGUAAAUAUUAACGCUGAAUUUUCCGCUCGACCAGCUCUGACUCAACUCAAAUCAGUUUUGUUUACUGGUUUUCCUCUCUUCCUUUUUCCUCCUCACGAUUUGUCGUUUUUGAUCAUGUGCAGUGAAGCGAUGAAGGUAGAAUCUGUCUUAAAAACCGUACUCACACACUCGACCUUUAAAAAAACAUCCAAGUGCUUUCAAACAAAUGCAAAAAAAAAGAAGUCUGACCUCAGUGCCUCCUCUUUUACUGUGGUUCAAUAAGCAACAAAAGUGCGUCAGUGUUUUACCCUCGUGGGUUUUCCAGAUUUAAGUCACUCUUUGCUAAAAUGCACAGAGGUCAUUUUUAAUAAACAAUCACCUCUUGGGGGGGGGGGGGUCUGUGAUCGGUGCGGUUUUUCCCGUGUAAAUCCCCCUUUUCAUUCAUCUUGUAUUUUUUUACAUUAUGAAGCCCUCUUCAUAGAAAAGCUGCCAUUAUGACUCUUCAACAUUGCGUCAAAUGUUAGCUGCACAAAAAAAAAAAAAAUCAAGGGAUGUUACCCAUAAUUCAACGUGCAGCCUGUUUUUUAAGAACCGGCGGUGUUUUUUUUUUUAAUCAAACGUUUGUGCCCUUAUGAUGGAGAAAUGUGCCUCAGUCCAACUUUUCUCUGUAUUUGUUUUUUUUGUACGCUACAGCACAGUAAUAAGAAAAAGCACCAACAAUGUGCCAGUCGUGUUUUUUACUCCGAUAUUUUGGAUGUUGAAGGGAAAAAAAAAAGUUUUUACGACCCAAACUGUCUUCCAUGAAAUGAAUGAAUCAUUUUAUGCCUUCUGUGAUUGAUGAUUGAUUUCCUUUUUUUUUAAAUAUCUUCUUCUACUCAACUCUCAUCCUAACACGCUCUCACUGUGCAGAAGACUGUAAGCACAAACAAAAAGGCCAAAUUACUGAUCGAAAUGCCUUAACACGACUACUCGACACCGAGUAAUCCAGCGUUCUUCACUGUGGUUAGAUAUAAUGUGGCACAGCACUGCCUUUUUAGAUUACCAACCUGUCCUGCCUCUUCCCAAGUGCAUGCUGGGAAACAACUCUUGAAAGUCUAAACAGCAAAAAAAUGGAGGGAUGAAUCAUAGACUGUGUAUAAGAAGUGGGUUUAAAGCCUUUUGGUUUGCAAAUUGUUUAAACUUUGUGUAUCAAAGCAAAUCGUCAUCAUUUCACCAAUUCUUGAUGAAUUAGCUCAAAACGUUGGAUUCAAAAAUCUGAACCCUGUUUCAUGGUAAAACUGCUGAGUCACAACAGCUAAUGAUAGCUAUCCAACACCUAGCUAGCAUAUCAAACUGAGUCUAUCUUUGAAUGGCAUCUAAAUAUUCUUUAGGUAGCAUACAGUACUAUUAGCUAAAAAAAACAUUAAGCUAGCUAGCAUUAUUUACGAGUUAACUAAACUGUUAGCUAGCCCUAAGGUAUGAGCGAACCAAAAUCGUUAGCUAGAUGACAGCAUGGUAAUCUAACAUUACUGUUAGCUAGCUCUGCAGUAUGUGUGAACCUUAAACUGUUGACAAAAAAAACUCCCCCCACCACAACGCUUUAGCUAGCUUACCAUAUGUUAGCUAGCUUUGCAGUAUGUGCGAACUGUCGACAAAACAACCCCCCUCCCUCAUCAACCAAAUCAACCAAAUAACUAGCUAACCUGACUCUCAUCUAGCUUACAUUACUGCCAGCUAAUUCUGCACUGUGUUUACCGUUUAUAGUCGACUUAACAGCCUCAAAAAUAAAUAAAUAUUAGCUCGUUAUCUUUACUGUUGGCUGGCAGACCUAGCUGUUCACUUUUCCUUUUGUACAGUAAUGUAUGCUAAUGUUAGCAUUCAUAUGACAGCGUUGGUCCCUCCUGAUUUUAAGAGUCCAUUUUAGUCACAGAUCAAAUGCAAAGCUGUGAAUGGACAAUUAUCAUUCAGAUUCACAUCAUAUCCAACAUGUUGUAAACUUUUAACAACACAAUACCGCCUUAAAAUAGAAUUAUAGCGACCCAUCCUGUCAGCUGUGUGUUGUGAUUCCCUCAUGAGAAUAUGGUCCUAAUUACCCGUUUAAAAUCUUCGGUACGUCACAACACGGAGUUCAUUCUGUAAAUGUGAUCACUGCACGAAAAGCAAGAUGGCAGCAGCCAAAAUGUCAGACUUAGAAAAAACCAACGGGUAGCGUCACAAUGGCUACGUCCACUUGAUAUAUACAGUCUAUGAGACGGAUGGAGGUUUGCCAUAUUUGGCUCUUGGUGCUUCAUUCUUGCCUUAAUUUAUGAAGGCUGCUGUUGUCGUUGCUAUUUUCUCCUUCAUGGAGUAUCUCAAGCUGUGUCGGACAUUUACAGUACCAUGUAUUCGUCCUGAGAUCGGUUUAUGUGUUGGAUGUCAGAAGAUGAGUUGCUUUGAAGCGCUGACCUUUAAGGGCUGGUGUUUCAUACACUGUGCUCCAUGUGGCUACCUGAACUCUGAGUUACGGUUUUAGCCAGAGUAAACAUAUGUAACAAACAUUUUUGUGUUUUCUAUCAUCCUUGGAGGGCGGCGUUAAAGACUCAAACGUUUAAGAAGAAUUCAGAGGAAGAUGUUUUUUUCUGGAUUGGGUUGAAAUGUCCGUUAGACUCACAUUUUAUAUUUGUCUUUGAACUUUAAUCAGUUUUGAAAGUAGUUGAGUUUCCUAAAAAUCGUAGCACCAGACAGUUGCACAGUGAGAAUUGAACUCGUCGCUCUCUGUUUUCUCUUAAUAGUCUCGAUAAGUGUUUUUUCUUUUUGUCAGAUCAGCCAAAUGCGUUUAAAAAAGCAAAAAAAAAAAAGAAGCACAAAUUUCUGUAAUCGUGUUCAGUCUUAGCAAGCUGGUUCUUGCUGUCCCGACAACACUUUAAAAAAUAAACUUCACAGGGCUCCUUUCUCCACUUUCCCAUUCUUUUUUCUGUCUUUAUAUGUUGUAUUAAAACAGACUUUAAAGAGAGCAAAAUUGUGUAAAUGAUUCUCAUAAAUUGUACAUUUUUACCAAUAUCACAGCCACUUUUUGUCUUUAUGAUUUCUCAUCGUGCCUGUAUUAAAUGUGUAAUAUAUGAAUAUAUACAAAUAUAUUAAAAUGACUAAGUGUG